UUAUUUGGACCCAGCUGCUUAAUAAAUGGAACUGUUGGGUAUUUCUUUUGGCCUACAGGUGCCAUGAAGGUGAUGUGAAAGGAGAAAGUUUGGGAACAUCUGUACUCACCAUUUUGCCAUUGGGAGAACUCUGGAGGGUAACGAUGGAGAAGGGUUUCUAGCACAGAGACCCCGCUCUGGGAGUUCACUCUGGGGAAACCUCUUCCUGUCUCCAUGGCGCUCGCACGCACGCGCGCACGUGCACACACACGUGCACACACACACACACACACACAGCUCUCCUUUCCCUCCCACAGAAACUAAUAUACCCUGGCUCCAUCAGACCGUUACCAAAUCCCACUUGAGUUACCUUUAUUUCAAUCUCUUGCCCUUUAUCAACUGUGUCAGGAAGCAAACUGCUUCUCUUUUACUACCUGUAUUUAGUCAAGGUUCAAGUUGAACAUCUCCCACUGACAUGCAAUCUGCCCUUCAGGUCAGAGGUCACAUUGCCAACUCAUACCCCAAAUGCCACAGUGAUAAGCAAACACAAAUGCACCCCACCCCCGUGCCAGAGAGCACCUCAGGCUGGUACACCAAAUUUUUAAUAAAUACACAGAGAUGAUUACAAGACAGAUGGCCUGGUAGUAUGGCAAAGGGGAAGACGGUGAGGGUGUGCGUGGUGGGACGUUGUCUGGCCAGGGAAGUGGUCACUGGGUCUAAGGCCACAAGAACACUUUCAUUCUCUGUCUAAUUUACCAUAACAGAAAACCAGACAGCAGGGGUGUGGCGGAAACAUCUGGGUCAGGGCCUUUUAUUACUAACCAGGGGCCACCCUGGACAAGUCACUUCUUGCUGUUCCUCAGUUUCGUCAUCUGUAAGGGGACUGGAUUGUCCAGUGCUUUUUAAAUUGGGGUGCCAGAGGCACAUUCACCACCUGUGUGUGCACUUGGAGUGUCUGUCUUUCCGGGGUGCUAAGUUUAUUCAAGAUUUUGGGGGGCCCACUCUUUUUACAUUAAAGCAUUUUAUAUCUUUGUUCAGAACACAGAAUUUACAUGGAUUUUAAUUAUGGUAAUUAAUAAUUGAUGAAGUUUCGUGAGCAAUUACUGUGUGCCAAGUUUGAAUCCCUUUAUAUGAUCCUCACAAUUACCCAAUGAGAUAUUAUCUCCAUUUAUAGAUUUUAAAAACCGAGGGCACAGAGAGAUGAACUAAUCUACCCAGUCACAUGUUACUAAGCAAUGAUAAACAACCGGUCCCCUUGCCCCCAAAAAGAUCUGGGCCCAUUGCAAGGAUUUAUCCGCAGACCUGUGAGACUUCUCUGGUGAAGCCUGAAACGCACAGGCCAAAAUGAUCUCACAUUUUGAGAUCACAGGUCCAGCUCCGGCACUCCUAAAUCAGUUUUAGCUAAAUCAGUGGAUUAAGGUCAUCCUCCGGGUGCCCCUGGAGGAUGAAAGGGGCUGGGGAGGCCUUGCGGGGUUUCUGGGGGUUCACUAGGUGGGGUUUCCGGGCCGCUCGAGCGCUCCUAUUCGGCCCGAGAGCGGCCUCUGCCUGGGCUGCCGCCUCCCUCCCAGCCUGGGUGUUUCCAGCCGGCGUCGCCGGUACUUCCUCGUUCCCGCGCGCGCCCCAGGCUUAGCUCGCAACGCCCAGCGCCGGCGCUGCUCAGGCGGGAGGGGGCCAGAGGGGAGAUGUCGCAACCGUCUCCCUCCCUCUUUCCCCGCCUUGGCACUCAGUCACCUCCCAGAUGAGCCCGCUCGCAGACGGCUGCGGGCCGCGGGGUGCCCGGCAUGUCCCUUGAGUGCGCGCAGGCGGCGGGCAUUGGGCCCGCGCGCAACCUGGAGCGGGCCAACCGCACCCGCUUCCCGUUCUUCUCUGAUGUCAAGGGCGACCACCGGUUGGUACUGAGCGCCGUGGAGACUGUGGUGCUGGCACUCAUCUUUGCGGUGUCGCUGCUGGGCAACGUGUGCGCCUUGGUGCUGGUAGCGCGCCGACGGCGCCGCGGCACCACAGCCAGCCUGGUGCUCAACCUUUUCUGCGCGGACCUGCUCUUCACCAGCGCCAUCCCGCCCGUGCUGGCCGUGCGCUGGACAGAGGCCUGGCUGCUGGGCCCGGGUGCCUGCCACCUGCUCUUCUACGUGAUGACCCUGAGCGGCAGCGUCACCAUCCUGACGCUGGCGGCAGUCAGCUUGGAGCGCAUGGUGUGCAUCGUGCGCCUGCGGAGCGGCGUGCGGGGCCCGGGGCGGUGGGCGCGGGCCGCGCUGCUCGCGCUUAUCUGGGGCUACUCGGCGAUCGCCGCGCUACCCCUCUGCAUCUUCUUCCGCGUCGUCCCGCAGCGGUUCUCCGGCGCCGACGAGGAAAUUCCGAUUUGCACGCUGGUUUGGCCCAGCAUUGCCGGAGAAAUCUCCUGGGAUGUGUCAUUUGUUACUUUGAACUUCUUGGUACCAGGACUGCUUAUUGUGAUCAGUUACUCCAAAAUUUUACAGGUAUGUUUGCUUCAAGCCCGGCUCUGUUUUGUGUUCCUGCAGAUCACGAAGGCGUCAAGGAGAAGGCUCACGACGAACCUGGCUUACUCGGAGAGCCACCAGCUCCGUGUGUCCCAGCAGGACGUCCGGCUCUUCCGCACCCUCUUCCUGCUCAUGAUCUCCUUCUUCAUCAUGUGGAGCCCCAUCAUCAUCACCAUCCUCCUCAUCCUGAUCCAGAACUUCAAGCAAAACCUGGUCAUCUGGCCGUCCCUCUUCUUCUGGGUGGUGGCCUUCACCUUUGCCAACUCGGCCGUCAACCCCAUUCUCUACAACAUGUCACUGUUUAGGAACGAAUGGAGGAAAUUUUUUCACUGCUUCUUCUUCUCGGAAAAGAGAGUCAUGUUUACAGACACAUCUGUCAGAAGAAAUGAUCUGUCUGUUAUUUCCAGCUAGUUGAUUUUUCUCUGUAGGCGUCUAUUUGUCACUCUCUGGCAAGCCAUGGUGUGUUUUCAAAGGGAGUUCAUUUCCAGGACGGUCGCACCAGGAUACCUGCUUUAAGAAAAUGUAACCUAUGCAAAUGUACAUUUACAGCACCAGUAAAUUAAGGGGUGAUCAUUCAGUAUAACAAUUUUAUCCUUCAUAAAAGUAUUUGCUGUGGGUUCCUUUUCAGUAUGAACUUUUUCAGUUGUGUAAUAUGAUUAAGUUUAAUAAUUUUUAUUUGUAACUGUUCGGCAAUCUCAUCUCCUACACGUAAAGCCACGCCUUGCUGGUUUCCUGAAGUGAGUCUUGGAACAGGUCCAGGACCCAGAUUUUUCCUCUGAAGAGUCAUGGCCACUCUAGCUCCCCACCUUGGAUUUGCAAGGCUGCAGGAUCAUUCAUUAAUGUCAAGAGCGCUUGAGGAAUUUCCAAGGAACAAGGAUUUAAUUUCCAAGGAAUUAAAGGUGACUUUAUUUUUCAUUUAUAACGAGAUGCCAUGGACCCCUUUAGGAGAAGCUUUGUCAUGAAGUCAGAGAGGAGGUCGGAUGACUCCAAACAUUUGACAGUGAGAACAGGAGUGAUUCCCUUCGUUGAUCCACCUGUCAGAUGCCUCUUAAGCACAUGCUGUGGCCGGUGUUCUUGGUGGUGGGAAUACAGCAGUGAACCAGACAGCCAUGGCCCCUGCCCUCAUGGAGCUUACUUAUCUUCUAGAUGGGGGCAGCGAAAAACCAAACCUAAGUCAAUAGACAAUAUAGUAUCAUAGAAUGAAUUAGCAUCAUGAAGAAAAUAGGACAGUGGUGGCAAUUUAGAUGGGGUGUUGAGGGGUCUGCGAAGACCGUUCUGAGGGGUAUAUUUGAGCCAAAAGGUAAACCACAAGAAGGAGCCAGCCAUGUGAAUCCAAGGGAAUGGGGCUUUGCAGAUGGAGCAGACGCUGGUGCUGGUGCAAAGAGGCUUGUGUACUUGUGGGACAGAAAGAAGAUAGGUAUAAACAAAGCAAACUACUGGCUGAGCCUCCUGUAUGCCGGGCAGUGUCCUUGAUGCCAAGACAGAGGGAUGCUGUGCUGGAGACCAUCGGUUGAGACCAGAGAGGUUACAGGGCUGGAUUGCACAGGGUCUGGGAGGCUACCAUAGUGAGUUUAUGCUGUGUUUAGUGGGCAGACACUGGAGGUUUGCGAGUGGAUGCUGAUGGGACCUGCUGUACUGGUUGCCGUGCAGGGAAUGAACUUUGUGGAGCAGGAAUAAAGAUGGAGACCAGUUAGGUGGCUGUUGAAGUAGAGAAAGAAGAUGGGGAAGUUGGAGGUGGGUGGCUUCAGUGGGGGAUUGUGAGAAAUGAUCUUGGGACAUACUUUGGGAAGGCAGAGCAAACACGAUUUAUUGAUGGACAGGAUGCAGAUUAGGAGGGAAAGAGAGGAUUCAAGGGUGACCCCUGGCAGUGAUUGGAUGGAGAGCAGGCAACAAAAAUGGGGAAGACUAGGAGAAUGGGAAGUAGAAGAACCAAGAGUUUCAUUUGGGGCAUAUACAUGUGAAACCCCAGUGAGAUCCAAAUGGAGAGUAGGCAGUUGGGUGCAGGGAUGUGGGGUGUGGGCCUGAAUAUACAAUGUUGGGAGUCAUUAGAUAGUGUUUGCAGUUUUAUGGUUUUAUGAAAUAUCCCUGGGAAGAGAGAGAAGAAACCAGAGCCAGCGAGAACCCAGGGCCACGCCAGCACUUGGAGGUUGGGCCAGUGGCUGGAACAGUAGCUCAGGGCCUGGCACAUAGUACAUGCUCAACCAAUCUUUGUCACCAAGUAAAUCAGAGCCAGUAGUUGUCUUUGCUGGUGGAGUUUCUUGAGCAGCUUGCUUUUGAAGUAAAGUUUAUUACAAACUUGAGGACUAGAGGACAGGGAUCUUUUGUUCAUCUUUAGUUAAUAAAUUUGGUAAAUUAAAGCUGCUUUUUGAAGUGAUGUGUGGCUGUCUUCUGGGUCUCUGGGGUGACAGCUGAAGGGCCUGGCUCUGAUGGCCCCUGUUCCAUGUGAAUGACAGGUAGAGCUUUCCUGUGCAUGGUCCCCUGCCUUCUCCCUUUCUGGUGGGAGAACAAAGCACAUUGAUUUGGGGGCCCCAGGAGCCUCCGUGGCCCCCUGAUAUGCCGGCACCCAGGCAGAGCUCUCCUCACACACGGGAGAGAGCUGCCCUUCCCUGCUUUCGACCCAUCUCAGAAAUGUCAGCCUGGCAUCCGAAGUGCUCUAACUGAACCCUCACUGCAGCCCAUCAGGCAGACACUGUUUCCCCAUAUUUCACAAGAGGAGAGUGAGGCUCAGAGAAACU